AAUCCUUUAACUCCAUUAGAACACACUUAAGUUCUUGACAACAUACAACAUACAACAUACUUCAUUCAUGGUAAUUUUGAAUUGUGAACAUUUUUCUAAAUAGAUUAGACACUUUUCAUCUUACAAAGGUAAGCACAAUUUGUCAAUCUCCAAUUUUUACAUCAAAAUUAUUAGCCUAACAAUUGAGUUAUCACAUCGAUAAUGGGAAUUAAACUUGCAUCUUUGUAGAAUAUGAUCUCGUUCUGCAUCAAUAAUCACCUUUUAACAGCAGAAAUCUGCAAAACAUAGCAACUAACAUCAACUGUCUUUAUUAAAAGGUUCAUAUUAAAAUUCUGUUUCUUCAAUUCCAAAUAUUCAGCAUACUCAUCCUUGAAUUAACUUGAAGGGUUGGAGUAUUUAUCAGUUUCUUUUGGGCCUCAUACUUUGUUCCAAAGAACUUUAUGCUCUGGCAGAACAGAAAUCGAAGUCAAACAUGUCGAUUCACUAUUAAAUUUCUUUUGCAAAUUAAUGAUGCAUGCUGAACAGAGUAAGAUAAAAGGACCAAAUGAAAUCUUUAAAAGAAGAAAUAGUAGAAGUGCAAUAUGAGAUCACUAUAUGGCCUAACAGUAAAGUAUGAGAGUACAUUCAGACAAAUCCACUAAAGGGAAAAACUAACAAUAACAAAGCGAUAAUGCAUGUCUCCACUUCCAAAUUAGAAGGAAUUACAAUAAGAAAAUACUAACUUUAGAUUUCUUUUCUUCCUCAUAUUCAAAGUGGCAUGUGGCUUGCUUGUGGAAUUCACACUCUACUUAAAUAUUUAAUCAUGUACUCUAAUCCACCCACCUACAAAGUUAUGUAUUAUUAAACCAUAGGGUGGCUGCCACUAACUUAGUCUUGUGGAAUGCCACACUCUUACCAAUUUAAUAAUCCCAUCAUAUCCCCAUAAUAAUUGACUUAUCAAUCUCCAAGAUUCUAUCAUUGAGAAUUUGAGUUUGCUUGCUGCUUAGGAUAAUAUUAUACUUGAUUAAUUCAUAUUCAAUUAAGCUGAGUUUUAAGUAAGUUAUGAGUCUUACACUGAAAAAAAAAGAUAUGAUACUUAACCCAUGGAGCUGUCUCUUCCUACAAGCUAGCCAUAUAAGUUUAAGCACACUCAGGAAGUUUCAAUGACAUGACUUAUUAUGGGAAACUAAAAGCUAAACAGAUUCAAAAUGGUGUUAUGCAAAUAGACACUAUUCAGAUAGUUUGAAUCAUCUCAGAUAACCAUCAUGGUGUUGAUAAAGCUACUUCAUUGAUUUAGUGGAUUAAGAAUAAUUAAUGUACACAUUUAGAUGAUCACUAUAUUUAAUAUAUGAACAUGUGGCCGCCCCUCCAUAGUGCUAUCCACACUAUCAGCACUUGUUUAUAACCAUUUGAGGCGCAUUAUCAUCACUAUACCUAACAAGUAACAACAUGGAAAUCCUUUCUAUAUAAUAACUUCUACGAGGAGAGUGUGCCCUCCACAAGCAAUCUUUUCCCCUUCUCUUUAUAUCAUAAGUCUUAACUUAACACCUUUGUCCUUUGUGCUUCAAUCAAUGGCUGCUUCACUUGACACUCAGAACAAAAAUGAAAUGCCACUUAAACAUGUUGUGAUCCACAUGCAUGGUACUAGUGAUGCAGAAGCAGAAAAGGUAACUCAAGGAACUGAAGGAAACAAUAACACUACUGACUACUCUCAAAGAGCACAGUGGCUCCGAGCAGCAGUGCUGGGAGCCAAUGAUGGACUUGUGUCAGUGGCAUCACUCAUGAUGGGUGUUGGAGCUGUGAACAAGGACAUUGGAGCCAUGCUCCUAGCCGGAUUCGCAGGGCUAAUAGCCGGAGCAUGCAGCAUGGCAAUUGGAGAAUUUGUCUCUGUCUACACGCAACUAGACAUAGAAGUAGCUCAAAUAAAAAGAGAAAGGGAACUCAACAAUGAAUUAGAGACAAGAGAAGGUGGUAGUGAAGAGGAGAAGCUGCCGAAUCCUUUUCAAGCUGCGAUAGCGUCUGCAGUCGCAUUUUCUGUUGGUGCAGCAGUGCCACUGAUAGCAGCAGUGUUUAUAAGAGAGUAUAAGAUCAGGGUUGGAGUUGUUGCUGCUGUGUCUAGCUUGGCAUUGUUGGUAUUUGGAGGGGUAGGAGCAGUGCUUGGAAAAACUCCAGUGAGAAGGUCUUGUAUCAGAGUUCUGAUUGGAGGUUGGUUGGCUAUGGCUAUUACUUUUGGCCUCACCAAGUUAAUAAGCUUAAAGGGAAUGUAAUUUCAGUGAUUACUAGACCUCUAUAAAUAGUGAAGAAAGAGGUGUAGUAGGAUGUGGUAACUGGUAAGCUCAUGUAUUCACUAGGGAACUCAAAAGGAGGCAAACUAGGCUUUAUAAGCAAUUUAUUUGACAUGAUAUCUUGUCGCUAUUGAGAAAAAUAAAUAUCAUAGUCUUGAUUUUAAA